UCUAAGUAAUAAAGCAAUCGACUUUGCAAACCCCCAAAGAUUAUCAAGUACCUCUUAUCAUUAGUGGGUUUUAGUGUUGAUCUCUACAGAUUUAGCAAAAGUCAAUGCAUGAAUCACUCAUAUAGUGUAAUGAGGAAAGUACAGUUCAUGUGUUCUGGGUGUUCCAGAGGUUAAGGAGAUGGGGUGUGAGCUAAGUGUGUUUGUGUGAAUGCUAAUUACAUGGACUAGACUGGCUUGACACCACACUGUCACUGACUUCACACAAAGGCUAGAGGCUCCACCCCCACAAUGCACCUGCCGUCCAAUCAGAAGCCUGGGUUUUCAGGAGGGUUGGGGUCAGUGGUUUCUUUUCUGUUGUUGUGAGAGAGAGCUGAAAUGGAAAAUGUCUUCUAAGCUUUCUCUUUCCUUUUCCUUUUCCUUUUCCUUUGAAAGUCUCAGUCAAGACAGGAGCCUCUGCACAUUUAUCAGGGAAUCUGUCUACUUGGCCUGUUAAACCUAUAAGCUUUCCAUGCAGACAAAAGGAGUCACUAUCAGUGUUUUAAACAUGGCAGCAGAUCUGGCCUUAGUCACUGUUCUCGUCCAGCUUCUUGUUGAUUUGGUGACAGGUGACAGCAUUGACUUCUACAAUAUCAUGCCUGCUGUAGAAGCCACCCCAUACCCCAAGAGUUUCAAGUGCUUCACAUGUGAACAGGCCUUAGACAACUACAGCUGUAACCGCUGGGCAGAAGAUGUGUGGUGUCCUCAGAAUACUCAAUUUUGUAUGACAAUACACCACUUCAGCCAUCAUGGAAAGACAAAAUUAGUUACCAAAAGAUGUGCUGUGCGUGAAGAAUGCCAGUUAGCUGGCUGUAGACAUCACAAAAACACACACCAUGAGUGCAUUUCUUGCUGUGAAGGGAUGGUUUGUAACGUAGAGCUGCCGACCAAUCACAGUAAUGCAGUGUUUACCCAGAGACAAACCCAAAGCUCGGCAGCACCCACUUUCAGGAUCUGGGAUUGUGUGACCCUGCUGGUCCCAGUUCUCCUGGGACUGCUACCAUUGUGAUCCUCAGUCAUAAGAACCUGUUCGGUGAUGAACAGCACUGCAAAUCAUUGAGACUGAGGAGACGUCAUCCACACUGGAAUAUUAAUACAGUCAGAUGGAUGUUUUCAUUAAGGUCACACACUGUAAUAUAAUGCAGGAGAAAGCUAGCGUUCCCAUUCAUCUCAGUGGCAGGAUGUCGCACUCGCAGGAUUCUCUCUAAGAAUGUGAUUGGCAUCUUUGCUGAUGGGCUCGCAGAUGUUCUCAUGACUGAUCAGUGACUAAUCACUCUGGAGCCGCAAGAAAAAUUACAUCAUGGCUUGACUGAUUGGGUAAUGAACCACAAGAAGAAGAGCACUUACUAGUGACUGUCUGGAGCUGUAAUAUAAGUCAAUUUCACACUUGGAGGCUCCCUUCAAAAACAGUUGUGGACAAUGAAUAAUCUACAAUAAUAUAAUGACAUGUUUGUGACUUAUACAUUGCUUAAAAUUAUUUUAUUCUCUUAGAAAACACAAUGACUUGGAGUGGAGACAGAUGCAUUUUGCAACCAAAUGGUGUAGUGGCAACUCAACUAUGCAAAUCAGCAAAACCAUAUCUUCAUUUUUCAGCGAGGAGACAGCCAGUGGUUGAGGAACUGUGUGCACGGGAAGUUGCUGUGUCAGGAAGAUCUGUCAAUGGAGUACUUUUGCUUCUAAUCACUGCUUACUAAUGACGUGCUAAAUAGGACAGAGAACCAGACGGGUUGCAAAACAGCAUUUAGCAACUAAAGCAGUGGAAUUAACUUAUACUGCCUCACUGGAUUUGUAUUGAGCAAAUUGAGGCUCACACACUGAGCAUUAGAAGUGUCAAUGUGGGAUGUUCCUGUGGCUCUGGUCCCAGAUUCUGUCUCACAGGCCGAGCACAGCAAUGAGAGGACGCGGGAUGUGUUGUUCUAGUUUUCUAAAUGGUGUGAAUGUCUCUAAAAGAGAUCUGGAUUGCUGCAUAAAUAUCAGUGCUUUAAGAAGGUGGACCUGCAUCAUGUAAAAGCAGUGAUUCAUUAAUUACAAUUAGGUAUAUUUUGAAUUAUUCAGUCUUGACUAUUGCAAAUGCUGUCAUGUUUUACUUUCCCGAAACUAUUCCUAAGGUGUUCAUGGACAAAUACUCUGUUAUUAUGCUACUAAUAUUUCCCUUACGGCAUUACAUGAAAAUUCACUUUCAUCUAUUUUCUAAAUAUAUUUUAUUUAUUUUAUUGUGAAUGAUGUUAAAAAAAAGUUUAACCUCAUAACUUUUAACCAAAAUGUCCUAAACCACACCACUGACCUUCAACCUAAUGCAAGUUUGCAUUUAGCUGUUUUGCCUUCAUCCAAUCAAGAACUGAUAAGUAGUAUUGAGUCUUCAUCCUACAUUUUUAUUUUCUUAUUUGAUAGUUUCACUCGGAAUCAAAAUACUGAAGAAAAGUAUACUUUAAUUUGUCAUCAAAACUUUGAAAAUGUAAUUAAAACUCAUAAAAAACAACCUUUUUAUAUAGUCUAUAUCAUUUUUGCAAUUUUCAGUAAUUGUUUUAAUUUUUAGUCAUGGCAUAUAAAAAACAAUUUUAAAUAGGAAAUUCUGUAUGUAAAAAAAAACCCUAAGAAGACCUAGUUCUAAAACCGUUUUAUAGAUGUUAAUGUACAAACCUCACAACGCGGCUGUGUUCCUUCUCAUGAAUGUUGAAGUGAGUUAUGAUAAAUAGUCUUGUUUACGUUCACUGGGUUGAUUGAGUGUGUAAACGGUUUCUCAUCUCUUUAAUCUAUAACAUACCGCUGUGCUUUUUGUAUAAGAGCAGCAGGGCUACGUUUUUAAAAUUCCUUCCACGCUGAUCUGAGGACAGUUUCUGUCUUUUCACGUGAGAAUGCCCAGGUUUAAAUUUUGAGGAGGGAGCUGAACCUCAAACAGCACAAAAGAGCAACUUCCCCCCCAGAGCUCUGAGAACAAUAAAAACAUUCCCAAGAGGAUCUCAGUGUGGGACACAAAGCCGUGGACCAUUAAUAUCAUUGCUGUCUGGAAUAAUGAGGGGUUUUUUUCUCUAAACCAAACAUGACAUAUGGUUCUUCCUCUAAAAUUGUUGCAGAGGAAAUGAGAUUUGCUUUCCGUGUAGCUGCUUUAUACUGACUUAUGAAGUUAAAGUGUGUGUGUGUGUGUGUGUGUGUGUGUGUGUGUGUGUGUUCCUGCUCCGCUGACUGUCUCGUCGUGUGUGCUGUUUGCUCUGGCUGCUGGCUGUCUUUGUUCUGGUUUUAUUAGGCGUGGAGUUGGAGUCUGUCACUUUCAGGCUUUGGAGAGUUGUUUAUCUCCCUUUGAGGAAAACCGUAUCAGCGCUGCUGCUCUCAUCUGCACCGCAUGUGUCUCUACUAUUCAGAACCUAGUCUGUUCAGAUGAGAAGACAGAAAGCUCAUGUCUCUUCCAUCUAGAAGCAUUGCUGUGAGAAUCCUAGCCAACCAAAAGACAUUGUAACUAAUUAAAACUUUUCACAGUAUGUUUUAUUGCAUAGUGCUGUGCA